UAAACAUUAUCUGCUAUCACAAUCGCGGGAUCGUUAUCAAUAAAAUCACGUUAUCAGUUAGUCGGUCGGUAGACAGUGUUUAGCCGUUCGUCGCUUAUCACUGACCUGCUUUUUGACCUAUCUCGUAUCUUUCAAGAAAUGUUUAGUUGUUAGUUUAAAAGCUUAUAUUUUUAUGUUUUCAUCAUUGAUCUUUUAUUAGAAAAGUUCUAUGAUUCCUUUUAGAAUUCACAAUAUAAUUUAACAUUAUUAAAAAUUAUUUUUCACUUCCAUUAACUAAUCGGUCCCAGUUCAUAAUUAAAUAUAAAUACUCAAUGCCUUACUUUUUGUCUAUAUUUUAUUAGUUGUAGGUACCUACCUAUAUAACAAAUUUCUUUUAGCUAUUAAUCCAUAAUAAUUAUUCAUGGGAAAUCUAUAUGCAAAACCUUACCAUGAUUUCAAUAUUAAUCAAAAGUUGUCACUACAAGAUUUUAAAUUGCUGGGAAAUCAAGAAGCAAGAGUUGAUCAAGUGCACAUGCAUGGAUAUUCAAAAACAAAAGAUUUAAUUCUUCAAUCAUCAAUUAACUUAAUGUUUACAUCAAAUUCUUUGAAAAAUAUUAUAAACAAUGCAGAAAUUGUUCGUAAAAAUUUAAUGAGCUUAAAUUGUUUUGAAAAUAUUAGUGUUAAUAUAGAUGUAAGUAGCGGAUCAAAUUCAACUCCAAAUGGAUAUAAGGUUACUUUUAAUGUACAAGAACUGACAUUUGCAUCUAGUAUACUUCAUUCGGUUGCAAGAGAUAAUGAAGGAAUUGUUAAACUAGGUUUUAAGCUAAACAAUAUUUCUGGCCAUGCCAAUCAUUUUAAAAUAGAAUCAUCAAUUGGAAAUGGUGGCACUCAAAAAUAUGAUGCUUGUAUUUCCAAACAUAUUCCUGGAAGUAUAUCUUCAUGCAUUUCUGGACAUAUAUUUAAAAAAAAGUCAUACUGGAAUACUGUACAUGGUGUUUUCGAUGAAUGGGGAACUCUAUUUGACUUACUAUUUCUUUCACCUUAUAAAAGUCAUUUUAGUCAAAAUUUACAGUAUGAAGGUGUUAUACGUGAUAUAAAUAUGUUAUCUAAAGAAAGUCCAUUUAAACUAAGAGAAGAAUCAGGUUUCUCGGUUAAAUCUUCUAUUAAACAUAUAACUACAAUUGAUACAAGAGAUUCCAAGGUUCUCGCUAAUGAAGGCGUAUUCUUUCAAAUGGUUAUGGAAGUAGCUGGUUUUGGCGGUGAUGUUAAAUUUUUGAGAAAUUAUUUUACUAGUCAAUUUUAUUCAAAAAUCAGUAAAGAUGUUGUAUUUCAAGGCUCAUUUGGAGGAGGAGUACUUACUGAUUUAGGAACAUUUAAAAAGGUUAACAUGAUGGAUCGAUUUUUCCUUGGAGGCCCUAUGACAUUACGUGGUUUCCAAUCUCGAGGAAUCGGGAACUUAAAUGAUAAUGUGGUUGCUGGUGUUACGAGCUAUUGGGUUUCUGCUGUCCAUAUUUACGUGAAACCACUUUUUGGCAUGGAAAGUAACCGAAUAAAUGAGGCAAUCAGGCUACAUUUAUUUUGUAAUGCUGGGAAUAUAUCAUUCUUUGGUAAAGACACUAAAUCCAGUUUGGAAAGAACAUUUAAAGACUUCCGGUUAUCAACUGGUUUCGGGGUAGUUGCUCGAAUUGGUAAUUCAAUAAGAUUUGAGUUCAAUUUAUGUUCACCACUUCAGUAUUCAGCUGGUGAUAGAAUUGUUGAUGGUUUUCAAUUUGGAGUUGGAGCAAACUUUAUUUAAAACAACAGGACCAGAAUCUCUCUUUGUGCUAGUUACCUUAAUUAUAAUAAAGUAUGAAUCAAUCAUAUUGGUUUAAUAUAAAACUAUAACUUAUUAAUUUAUAUAGUGUAUCAGAUACAUCAGUAUUAUUUUACUAUACCUAAUUUAUUGUUUUAUUUAUAUUUAAAUUUUUGUUUUUGUUUUUGUUUUUGUUUACUGUUUAAUGUAAUCAAUAUAAAUGUUAAAACAUGAAUAUUAUAAUUUCAAGUAUAAUGUACUUAUUUAGAUUUUGACUGAUGUUGAAUAAUAUAAUAGAAAAUUCAUUUUUA